AUGCAGCAACCACAACCACUAUCAUUGGAUGGAAUUAUGCGAGAUUCAUCCAAACACGUGGAUGAGGAAAACAGAAAUGCCGCCACUAGUUAUCGAAAAAUGGAGAACACGGAUCCCAAUUAUCCUCUUGAUGUCGACAAGAAUGACGACAUGUCCAUGGCAGUGUCGAUUGCGUCCUCAGUCAUGACAGCAGAUGGAAUCGAAGAUCCAACAGGUUUCGCAAUCGUUUGUCUUGCUAUAUUGAUCGGGGAUAUGUCCAGGGGUGUGAUGUUUCCAUCAUUGUGGCAACUCGUUGAGGCCUUGGGAGGAACUAGUGUAACUCAAGGUUAUGCAGUUGCCGCAUUCUCCUUCGGGCGCAUCCUCGUAUCGCCAAUGUUCGGAACUUGGAGUGUCACGCAUGGAUACUCGCAGACGCUGUUGAUCAGUUGCUCUAUUUUGCUUCUUGGUACUCUGUUCUACGCACAAGCUCAGAACGUAGGAAGACCAGAGUUCCUAAUCUUGUCACAAACUUUGCUUGGAAUUGGAUCUGGAACUCUUGGAGUAACACGUGCUUUUGUAGCAGAAGUCACAGCUACUCGGAAUCGAACUACAUACAUGGCUUGGAUUACUGCAGUUCAGUAUGCUGGGUUCACCGUUACACCAUUUGUAGGAGCUUUCUUCAAUAAAGUUCUUGAAGACACUGACGUCAACAUUGGUUGGAUCAGGAUUAACAUGUUUACAGCCCCAGCAUACUUCAUGUCUAUCACUGUGGCGCUCACCAUAUACAUGCUUUUGAUGCACUUUCAAGACCGAGCCAGGAGUCAAAACCCCAAGGAUAUCAAGAAAAUGUCUGCCAAAAGGGCUGCAAUUGAUGACCAUGCGAAUCAAAUGACCAUGGUAGGCCUUUCCAUUUACGACUGCUGCAUCGUUGGGUGCAUGCUACUGAAUGUUGCUACGAAGGGUAGCAUCGGAUGUUUUGAAACCCUUGGUAUCUCCAUAGCAGAAUCCCUUUUUGGAAUCUCAUCCACGAUGGCAGGGACCAUUGUUGGUUCUUGCGGGACGAUCGGGGUCAUUUCUCUGCUGUCGAUGGGAAAGAUAUCUCAAUUCUUGUCUGAUAUUCAAAUGAUCUGUGGUGGAAUGUUUGUCAUGGCAAUUGGCAUACUAAGUCUGACAUUUGUAGAGGAGAACGGCGACAAUCCUUCGUGGGUAUACAUGUUGUCCUUCUUUCUGAUCUACUCUAUUGGAUACCCCAUUAGUCACACGGCUGUGAUUAGCUUGUUCUCGAAGAUUGUUGGGAGGAGACCCCAGGGGACACUGCUUGGUUGGUUUGCAUCCGCUGGAUCGCUGGCACGGCUUGUGUUCCCCAUCGUUUCCGGUUAUGUGGAACACUACCUCGGCAUUGUCACCCUUUUCUACAUCCUGACAGGAGUGUUGGGCGUUUCCACAGUUGUCACACUCUACAACCAGAAGACACUCACAAUGUUGUCGCAGUAG